AUGGGUUCAAGUGGAAAUGGGAAUCAGAAAGAUGAAACUGAAGAUGGAUCCAAAAACGGAGAGUCGCAAGGUCAAGUCUCUAUUGAACUCUCUACUUCUUCUAAGAGGACCUUACUGGGAAAUGACGACCUUCCCAAGAAGUCGCAACAAGACAGCUUACCUAAUGUAUCAAACCGUGCUGCCUUCCUCAAGUUGGGCUCUGCAUCUGCCAAAUUCAGGCAGCUCGCUAAGGAGAAGGAUGACGCCUCCCGUUUGGUAGCUUCCUCCAGCAGCCGUGGCAUUAGAGACCGGAUACAUGAGGUUUAUGCCAAGAAGAUUGAUUGGGCUUCUGUGUUCAAGAUGAGCAAAGAAUGGAUCAGGGACCCGAUGAACCUGGCCCUUUUCAUAUGGAUACUAGUUGUCGCUAUAUCAGGUGCGAUCUUGUUCCUUGUCAUGACUGGAAUGUUGAACCAAGCUUUGCCUAGCAAGUCACAGAGAAAUGCAUGGUUUGAGGUCAAUAACCAGAUACUCAAUGCAUUGUUCACUCUCAUGUGCUUGUACCAACACCCAAAACGAUUUUACCAUCUGGCACUGCUUAUUAGGUGGAGGCCUGACGAUAUCACUAAGCUUAGGAAGAUUUACUGCAAGCAUGGGACUUACAAACCCCAUGAAUGGGCACAUAUGAUGGUCGUCGUGCUUCUGCUUCAUUUAAACUGUUUUGCACAGUAUGCAUUAUGUGGUCUCAACAUUGGGUACAGGAGAUCUCAACGACCACCCCUAGGAGUUGGAUUGUGCAUAUCUAUCGCAAUAGCUGCUCCAGCAGCUGCCGGUGUAUACUCGAUCCUCAGUCCCUUAGGAAAGGAUUAUCAUUCAGAGACAGAUGAGGAAGCACAGGAGGGGAGUACUUCUAUUAGUGGGGCUCAGUUGUUGUCCAGAAAAUUAGAAAAGAGAUACUCAUUUGCAACAGGAGAUAGUACUGAAGUGAUGUUCGAGAGUAGGCCACAGUGGAGUGGCGGGAUACUUGAUUUCUGGGACGAUAUUUCCCUAGCAUACCUUUCGCUCUUCUGCAGCUUCUGUGUCUUUGGCUGGAACAUGGAGAGACUUGGAUUUGGGAACAUGUACGUUCAUAUAGCAACGUUUCUGCUCUUCUGCAUGGCUCCCUUUUGGAUCUUCAACUUAGCAGCUGUCAACAUCGACAAUGAGACAGUCAGAGAAGCUUUGGGAGUCACUGGACUAAUCCUAUGUCUGUUUGGCCUGCUCUAUGGUGGGUUCUGGAGGAUUCAGAUGAGGAAGAGGUUCAAUUUACCGGCCUAUACCUUUUGUUUCGGCAAACCGGGUGCCUCUGAUUGCACACUGUGGCUAUGUUGCUGCUGGUGCUCUCUGGCUCAAGAGGUUCGAACUGGGAACGCUUAUGAUGUCGUGGAGAACAAGCUACUGCAGAAGCACAGCAAUGGUAGUAGUGGUAAGCAGCCAGUGUCUCCGCCACGUAGCCCAUGGCACAGUGCAAUGCCGAAUUCCUCUAGUCCUGUCAAGGAGUCUCCGGGAGCUAAGGAUCACGCUAUGGCCGCGCCAACUCCAUCAACAAUCGAAAGAGAUGGCAUUUCGGUGGAGAAUGGUACUGUCGAUUCUUGCUUACCGUCUGCAUCUGCAAACAAAGAGUGA